CUCGAACGACAAACUUGGCACAACUCUGGUGUGUUACAGCUACGCGAGUACACGCUGACGGAAACGUAUCACGAGGACGACGUCGAGGUGGAAUUCGUCAGCAACGACAAUCUGCUAGCCAGCAAUCCGACUCCUAGGGGGAUCGAUCCGAACAGGGACCUGAACGAGGCCAUCGCCGAGGAACGGAAGGAAAUGGACACUCAGAGAUACAGGUAUUGGACGACGACGGGGAACGGUCAAAUGGUGACCGAGGUUCCACGGGACAACAAGGCGGCGAUCAUGGACAGCAUCGCCUCGUCGUACGCGUUGCAGAGGCCGAGGUUCGCCGCGACUACUCCCCCGAAGCUCGCGAAACUCGACGGCAAAAGCGGAGGCUGGCCUUAUUACCAGAAGUACAAGCAGCAGGCGGAGGCGCAAAAGGCGCAAAUCUUCGAGGACAUCCAAAGGAAAAUGGCGAACGCGACGAGCGGGAACAGCAUAGGGAUCCAUUCGUGGAAUUCGAGCGACACGGCGGGCCAACGGCAACACAGGCUCAGGAUGAAACAUCAUCGGCUGACGUCCAAGGGGAAACGGUUGAGGACGCGCCCGCCGAGGGACUGCAAGGUGGGAGAGUGGGGCCCGUGGAGCGCGUGCAGUCGUAGCUGCGGGGUAGGUGAGACGCAGAGGACGCGGAAGAUCACGAUAAAACCGCGGCGCGGCGGAUCAUCGUGUCCACCGCUGAAGGAGACCAAGUGGUGCGGCAGCGCGAGCCCCUGCACCGACGGCAAAUCCAUCCUGGACAGCUAUCAAUGGUAGUCGUGGUGAAACGAUCCCGCCAACGACGUACGCGUCGACUCGAGAUGAUUUACCCCGAACGAUCUGGAAGAAGUGGGAGGAUUGAGAGGGGGGCCCAGCAUGGGGCUCGGCCUGGGGGAUAUACCUAGGCGAACACGGGCGGAUCGUUGCCCGCUGGAUUGCGUCGAUAAAACGUCUAUCGUAGUCGUAGCGCCAAAGAUUUCGCGGGGGUGGGGACGCGUCGAUAUUAACGAAUCGACGAUCGAUCGAGAAUUGGAUUUUUCAUCAUUCGUUCGACAGUUUCGUUAUACGU